AUGCCAGUCACCUUGCAAAAAGUGCACAAGCACAUCUCCAAGAAACGAGGUGUUGUUAACGCCCUACACGAGUACAUAUAUCGCGAUGCAGAGGAACUUGCGCAACUCAAACAAGAACGCCGCAAGGGCCGUCCACCCACCAAGCGGGAAGAAGUGCUCGGACAGCGGACAGAGACAGAGGAGAAGGAAUUCAAGAUAGGAUUCUGGGUACCGGACCUGACCGAGAUGGAUGUCCUGGUGGCAUUGAAGAAAUGGAAUGGAAAGUGGUCUGGCCUCAGUCCUGUGAAAUUUGUUCGCCUCGUGCAGGGUGGAGAGAAGAAGGAUUCGACCUUCCCUCCCAAUGGCAUGUCAUGA